UUGUUCGCGUCUAUUGCUGGUUUUGGCAUGGGAGAACCAAUUCCAAUUUCCCAUUUCACAGAAUACUCAGCACAACAUUUUCAAAAUGUAGAAUUCGUGUUCUACGACCAGCAAAAGUUCCUGCUAACAAAACCAAAGAAACAAUUUGUCUCAAUAUUUGUUGCUGGUCAUGUGGCUGACAAAGAGCCAUCAGAUACUGACUAUGAAGAAGAGGAGGAGGAAGAAGAAAACGAUAGCGAUGUCGUUCUUAUCGAAUAA